UAUUCGGUUGUCGUCAUUGACGGUUCGUUCGGCGACUAGUCUGAGUUAUUUCGAAUCAAUUAUAUUGAAAAUAACACUUAACUUGAAAAUUCAUCAUGAGUUGCCCGAUGGGAAACUAUAAUGGCGACGCCCAAAGCGGUGAACGUUUAGGUUCUGAAGCCGGAAUGCUGUAUGGAGAGUACCUAAUGCUGGACAAAGUUCUUAGUGCUCAAAGAAUGUUGUCGGUGGAGAGUAAUAAGCCAGUUCACGACGAACACCUCUUCAUAGUGACCCAUCAAGCUUAUGAACUGUGGUUCAAACAAAUAAUAUUUGAGCUUGAUUCUAUACGGCAUCUGUUUAGUACGGAACACAUGGAGGAAACAAGAACUUUGGAAAUCUUGAAGCGUCUCAAUCGAAUUGUCUUGAUAUUAAAGCUUUUAGUGGAUCAGGUUCCUAUACUAGAAACAAUGACACCAUUGGAUUUUAUGGAUUUUCGUGAUUACCUUUCCCCAGCGUCAGGCUUCCAAAGUUUACAAUUUCGAUUACUUGAGAACAAGCUCGGAGUGAAAACGGAACAUCGUGUGAAGUACAACCAGAAAUAUUGGGAAGUGUUCGCUAGCGAUCCAAAGGCAGUCGAGCGAAUUGCUAACACCGAAAGUGAACCUUCCUUGGCCGAUUUAGUUCAGAAAUGGCUUGAACGUACUCCAGGUUUGGAAGAGGACGGUUUUAACUUCUGGGGAAAAUUCCAGGAAAGCGUAGAAAGGUUGCUGGCUGAACAGGAAGAAAGCGCUAUUAAAGAAGAAUACGAGCAUGUAAAAACCUACCGAUUGAUGGAUAUAGAGAAGCGUAGGGAAGUGUACAAAUCAAUUUUUGACGUUAGCGUGCACGACGCUCUCGUUGCACGUGGUGACCGUAGAUUUACACAUCGAGCCCUUCAGGGGGCUAUUAUGAUUACCUUUUACCGCGAUGAAGCCAGAUUCAGUCAACCGCAUCAGCUGCUGAUGCUACUGAUGGAUAUCGAUUCUCUCAUUACGAAAUGGCGAUAUAACCAUGUGAUUAUGGUGCAAAGAAUGAUCGGGUCUCAGCAACUUGGAACUGGUGGAUCGUCCGGCUAUCAGUAUCUUCGUUCUACUCUAAGCGACCGCUAUAAAGUGUUCUUGGAUUUGUUCAACUUGUCAACUUUCUUGAUUCCACGUAGCUCAAUACCGCCCCUUACUGAUGAAAUGCAGAAGGCGUUAAAUCUUGCCUGGGGAUCGCCUGUACACAGAGCCAGACAAAACCUUUUGGUGACAAAGUGAUUCUAUUUAAUUUUGAAUAAAACUGGUAAUGUUAGUUUUUAUAUAAAGUGAAUUACGUCUCUAUCUGAAUUGUAUAUUUGUGUCUACUCUGUAAUAAAAAGAUCCUUGCACUUUUGCAUUUCCUAGUUA